AUGGCGUCGUAUUCAGAGGAAAAUCCUCACUGUUUGCUAAACUCCGAACAACAUUUCCUUGUGUCAGUUACAAUUUAUAAAGCACGUCAUUUAAAAAUCCUCAAUUCCGAUACCUUCGUAAUGGUUUCUUUGAACGGCAAGUACAAACGAACAAAGACUGCCAGUAGAACGGAGAAUCCGUAUUUUAAUGAGUACUUUGCCUUUGAAUUGCAUUGCUCUGAAAAGGUUUUACUUCGGAAAACCCUCCACUUCAUCCUGUACCGAUCGUCCAUCUAUACAUCGCUGAAAUCAUCACUCGGAGAGUUUACUGUGGAUCUUCGUACAGUGUGGAAUCAAAAGGAUCAUGCGGUUUUCAAAAAAUGGGCGACAUUUGAACCAAUUGGACGGGCAGCUUCGAGCGACUUGAAUCGUGGAUACCUCUUAAUCGACAUUGCGAUAUCAUCGUCGCUAGAAAAUCCCGUACCAGUUGUUUUCAGUGAAUUCGACUUUGAUGAUAUUGAAAGCAAUAAGCUGCUCCCAUACGAUUCCAAGAAUGAACCUCGUCGCGUACGAUACUGCUGUAACAUCUUUAGUGGAGAUUUUAAAAUCAGCGAUGAGUACGUAGUUUGUAUUUCAUUUGCAGGAUUAUCGCUAAUCGUUCUGCUGGAACAUUUGGAUGCCCAGAGGGAUCAAGACAUGGUUGUUAGUAAGGAACUCCUAGUAUCUUUAACUUCCGAUGUAGAGAUGGCAUUUGAUUCGACGCUCAAUAUGGUAAGCAAUAGCGUGUACAGAAAAAGCACUAAAUGGGAUCAGAUGAGAAAAAUGCAUACCCUGCAACAGUUGGGUCAGCAUAAAGCAACUGUUACAACAUUAAAGUCCCAAAUGUUCUCAGAGAUUGAUUCCGACGAAGUUAAACGUAUGCAAAGCGAGCUUAAUCACAUCAAAACAUCGAUCUCCCAAAUCGGCCACGAUGUAAAUCAACGCAAGCAUACAAAGAGCAAAAUGGCUACCCAGAUGUGCUACUACACCUCUGCCGCCCUUCCGGACAAGCGACGGUAG